AUGAAGCUGGCCCGGCUCCUGCUGCUGCUGAGCGGGUGCGCGCUGCUGCUGGCCCCGGCGGUGCGGGGGUGCGGGCCGGGCCGGGUGGUGGGCAGCCGCCGGCGGCCCCCCAGGAAGCUCAUCCCGCUGGCUUACAAGCAGUUCAGCCCCAACGUGCCCGAGAAAACCCUGGGCGCCAGCGGCAGGUACGAGGGCAAGAUCGCCCGGAACUCGGAGCGCUUUAAGGAGCUGACCCCCAAUUACAACCCCGACAUCAUCUUCAAGGACGAAGAGAACACGGGAGCCGACCGCCUCAUGACCCAGCGCUGCAAGGACCGCCUGAACUCCCUGGCCAUCUCGGUGAUGAACCAGUGGCCGGGGGUGAAGCUGCGGGUGACGGAGGGCUGGGACGAGGACGGGCACCACUCGGAGGAGUCGCUGCACUACGAGGGCCGAGCCGUGGACAUCACCACCUCCGACCGGGACCGCAACAAGUACGGCCUGCUGGCGCGCCUGGCCGUGGAGGCCGGCUUCGACUGGGUCUACUACGAGUCCAAGGCCCACAUCCACUGCUCCGUCAAGUCAGAGCAUUCGGCGGCAGCGAAGACGGGCGGCUGCUUCCCUGCCCGGGCCCUGGCGACGCUGGAGGGUGGGGCCAGGACCCCGCUGUGGGCACUGCGCCCGGGGCAGCGGGUGCUGGCUAUGGACGAGCAGGGCCGGGCCACCUACAGCGACUUCCUGGCCUUCCUGGACAAGCAGGCGUCAGCGCCCACCACUUUCCACGUCAUCGAGACCCGGGAGCCAGCGCGUCGACUGGCGCUGACCCCUGCCCACCUGCUCUUCGUGGCCGAGAACUCCACGGCGCCUGCUGCCCGCUUCCAGGCCACCUUCGCCAGCCACGUGCGGCCUGGCCACUACGUGCUGGUGGCAGCGGUGGGGACGAGCCUGCGGCCGGCCAGGGUGGUGGAUGUCUCCACCCAGACAGACUUCGGGGCCUAUGCCCCCCUCACCCGCCACGGGACCCUGGUGGUGGACGACGUGGUGGCCUCCUGCUUUGCCCUGGUGCAGGAGCAGUGGCUGGCGCAGCUGGCGUUCUGGCCGCUCCGGCUCUACCACAGCCUGGCGGGCGGGCACAGGACCCAGCUGGAGGGCGUGCACUGGUACUCGGGGCUGCUGUACCGCCUGGGCCGGCUGCUGCUGGCCCCGGAGAGCUUCCACCCGCUGGGGACCGCCCAGUUCGAGAGCUGA